ACUGACAACUCGUCCAAAACCUCACCUUUUGUGCGAUUCCCAAGGCACGGUGCCAAUCUCGGGCGCUCCCCCACCCCCUUUCCCCAUAUAUACCGUUUCGAUCGCUCAGAGCGGACGGUUUUAUUUUCCCCCUUUCCUUCUCGAGGAACCUUUGCGCAACGCCGGCAUGUUCGACAUCGAUUGGAGGGGGCUUCUGCUGCCCCUAGCGUAUCUGGUGGUCUUGGUCGGCACAUUCAUGACUUUCUCAACAGUCUACCGCAAGAGGAAAGCAGUCCAAAGCGCAAACCUGGCGCCAUGGUUCGGGCCACAUCUUCAACGCAACAUCUACCUGUCGCUGCUGCACAUGGAGCCCGAGGAAGGGUCCGAGAAGGCGCCCAAGGUCCCUGAUAGCGUCAUUCGGGCGGCCCUCCUGCGGCGCGCCGUCGAGGACAUCCAUCGCAUCAUCCAGAUCCGUACCGCCAAGCAAGCCUGCAGCUCGUUGCUGCAACGAGGGAGUGUCGGCGACGACCUGUGGCAGCGGUUUCAGCGCGCCGAGAAGGAGAUGGAGGAGGAGCUGCGGGACGUCGUGAUGGAGGCAAACGCUCUCGUCCCGGGUUGGGGUCAAAUCAUUUUCCAGUCCGCCAACGAGAUUGCCGCAAACAAAGUUCUGCGCGACCGGCUCGGGGAGAUUGAGAAACAGACGGAGCGCGACAAGGAGUGGUGGGAGAAGCGCCGGGCCAGCAUCAAGAACGAGUUUAUGAAGGAACUGGACGAGGAGGCCAAGUAGAGAGGGUUGCAGAACAGGGCCAAUGCGGCCGACGUGACCGAUAACGAGGACGAGCUUGUCCCGCUGGGCGCGAAACACUCCUUCGGCCACCCCCUACGCAAACGCUUUCCAGGAAGGAAGAAGACCAGAACAUCACAAUAAACGACAAAGAUAAUCUGUGCGAGAUCGCCGGGGGGCACUGAGCGCGCGUUCGGAAAUAGUGUUGUAUAGUAGAAGGGGUGGCACGACUGGGCCACUGACAGCAUCGUGCAUGGCGUUGGGCGGUGCAGAGGUAUUGUCGCCUUGAAUCCCGUGCAUCCAGUGGUCUGCGCGAUGGCAUGUUUUACGCCGGGACGAAAUGGGCAGAAGAGAGAGAGAGAGUCCAGACUUGUGAGAUGUUUUAAGGUUUGGAUAG